AUGUCAACUGACGUCGCCAGACCACUACGCAUUCUGAUUGCGGGGGGAGGAAUUGGAGGCCUGUUUGCGGCGAUCGCGCUGCGAAAGACAGGACACGUCAUCUUUGAGUCGUCUAGCUUUGGCGGGGAUCUUGGGUCUGUUAUUCAGCUGCCGCCUAAUGCGAAUGGGCUGCUUCGUCGGUUCGGUAUCAUUCCCGAGAAAUUCCGUGCCACCGAUGCAAACUUUGUUACCUUCUAUGAUUCCCAGGGUGAAACGGUCAGAUCGAGGGAUGUUCGGGGCUUGAGGGAGGAAUAUCCGUUUCCCUGGCAAUUUACUCACCGUGUCGACCUGCGCGAGGCACUGAGAGGCGAGGCUAUGUCCUCGGAGGGCGCUGGUACCCCAGUCACUAUCCAUCUGGACAGCAAGGUCAUGGAUUGCGAUCCGGCGGUGCCAUCGGUAACACUUGCCGAUGGUCACGUUUUUGCGGGAGAUCUGGUAAUUGGAGCUGAUGGAGUGCAUUCUGUUCUCCGCAGCAUCAUUUCAGAAACCAUAGCCCCUUACCCAUCUGGAGCCAGCGUGACGCAGUUUCUCGUCCCAAUCUCGAAGAUCAGGGCUAACCCCAAAACCAAAGACCUUGUCUUUCGUGAAGGGGAGCUUCAGAUCUGGAAGGGCGAGUAUCGAAAGCUCGUCAUCUAUCCGUGUCGGAAUAACACGGGUCUGGACUUUGUGUGUCUGUAUCUAUAUACUAAAAGUGAGCAUGAUAUAGAAGGCCGGGACGUUGUCGGCUGGCAUGACAGUCUGAUACAGGCAUACGAGACCUUCGCACCGGCUCUGAAAUCACUUAUCGGGCUGGCAGAUCCUGCAUCGAUCAAAGUGUGUCUUAUGCUAGACCGCGAUCCUAGUGGUACAUGGGUCCGACGCAAGGCAUGUCUGCUGGGAGAUGCCGCACAUCCUGCUCUCGCUUACCAAUGCCAAGGCAGCGCACAAGCUAUCGAAGACGGUGCUAGCCUCGCAGCCUUGCUCCCGCUGGGCACUCACCCCAACGAGGUCCCAUAUCGCCUGCAACACUACAUGACGAGCCGCCAAAAGCGCAGAUCUCUUGUAGAAAGUCUCUUGCGACAGCUGGAAUCCAGGAUCAGGGAGAUAGACCAUACAGGAGGCAUCACUAAGGAUUGUAAGCCUUUCUCAUUGCCCUUACCAACAUACCGGCUAACCCUUCAGCUCUGGAACUUAUGCGGAUCAACUUUGACCACGACGCAUAUGACCAUGCCACAAAUGUCUUUCUCAAAGCAAAAGCCCAAGGUACCCAAUUCCAACUCAAUAAUGGCCCGGAUUAACACCCUAGGCAGGGCAAUCCACCACCUUAAGAGCCAUCUUGGGCACCCCUUCCCCGCUCCCACGAAGAUGGGCCCAGCUCCUUCCUGGCGCGAACAGUACACUUGAAAUUAGCUUCCGCAC